AUGAUGAACAAGCCUUUGACCAUCACCGCCAUCGCUGCCACAGCCUUAGUUGGCUAUGCCAUCUAUUUUGAUUUCAACCGUAGAAAUUCUCCUCAAUUUAGAAAGUCUUUAAAGAAGAAGUCCAUCAAGCAUGAAAAGCUUGCCGCUAAGGAACAAGAACAAUCCAAAAAAUCCAAACUUGAUGAUAUCAAGAAGGCUCUUGCGCAAGACUUAGCCGAAAACCCAAUUCCAACAGACUUGGCUGAAAAGGAAUCAUUUUUCAUGCAACAAGUCGCACUCGGUGAACAGUUAGGUGCAUUACCUAACAAAAAGAUUGAAGCUGCCAUCUGCUUCUACAAGGCCUUGGCUGUAUACCCUAAUCCUACCGAUAUUUUAGGGAUUUACCAAAGAUCCGUUCCUGAAGAGGUUUACGAAUUGGUGGUCAUGUUGAUUGCUGUUCAACCACCUGCAUCUGUCACCAAUAUCUUGGGUGGUGCUUCCACUGCUGGUGCUACUGAAGGUGAAAAGAAACCUACUGCCGAAGAUUUGGAUUAA